UCUAAACAAAACAUAAGAAGGAGGCUAACAUCAUCAUGAAAAAAAACAUAGGCUAGGUAUAAAAACGAUCACCAACUUAUUGAAUAAAUAAUCAAUGAAUAAAUUGAAUGUAGAUUUUAGAUCACUGGCUAUUUAAAAACAAGUUAGAAGAGGUGUAGGGUAAAGUUGUAAUUCUUUUAAUUUAAACAAUUUUGUUUGCCCUGUUUGUACAUAAUACUGGGAAAAAAUGUCCAAUCUUCUAAUCUUUGUGUGAUCCCUUCUCAGACUCCAAUUUACUAAUUAGUGUUCUACUAAUGAAACUAACAACAUGUAAAUUCUCUUGACCCAAAACUAGUUUUGAAAAUUUGUUUGUAAAAAAAGUGGGGAGUUCCAUCAAGUUAAUUGAUUUGUAAUUAAAGGUUGGUAAUUAUUGAUAAAAUAGACACUUCCAUGAGAGAACACAAUAGAUAAACAAUGGUGAUGUGUGGUGGAGGUGAACAUGAGAGAGAUAUGAUUUAAACUCAUUGGCCUUUAAUGUGCUCCGAUGUCUGACUCUACGACCAAGUUGGCGGCUCUGCCCGAUCCUGGGAGCACCUCCCCUUCAACAGGGGACCAGCGUCUGAGACAGUUGGAGGCCAUUUUCCUCGGAGGACCAAUCCAAGGGCAGGGGAGAUGUUUCAGCAUAGAAACUCUCCUAGACAUCUUGAUCAUCCUGUACGACGAAUGUUGCAACUCCUCCUUGCGGCGUGAGAAAACCGUCUCUGACUUCAUUGAGUUCGUAAAACCGGUUGCAACUUGUGUCAAGAACCUACGGUUAUCCAGAGAUGAUUUUGAGAUAAUCAAAGUAAUCGGUCGAGGAGCUUUUGGUGAAGUGUGUGUCGUGAAGAUGAAAGGUACAGAUAAAGUCUUUGCCAUGAAGAUCCUGAACAAAUGGGAGAUGUUGAAGAGAGCAGAGACGGCAUGUUUUCAGGAGGAACGUGAUGUAUUGGUAUAUGGUGAUAGAAGAUGGAUAACAAAUUUACACUAUGCAUUUCAAGAUGAUAACAACUUGUAUCUUGUCAUGGACUACUACUGUGGUGGUGACCUUCUUACUCUGCUUAGCAAGUUUGACGAUCGCUUACCCGAGGACAUGGCUCGCUUCUAUAUUGCUGAGAUGAUUUUGGCCGUCAGCUCUAUACACAACCUUAGAUACGUACAUAGGGACAUCAAGCCAGAUAACGUUCUGUUGGAUGCCAACGGUCACAUUCGACUCGCUGACUUUGGCUCCUGUCUGAAGCUGUUUGAAGACGGAACUGUCCAGAGCAAUGUAGCUGUGGGUACGCCCGACUACAUUUCUCCAGAGAUUCUUCGGGCAAUGGAGGAUGGUCAAGGCAGGUACGGGCCUGAGUGUGACUGGUGGUCCCUGGGUGUCUGCAUGUACGAGAUGCUUUACGGGGAAACUCCCUUCUACGCAGAGUCCCUCGUAGAGACUUACGGCAAGAUCAUGAAUCACAAGAACUGCUUUGAUUUCCCAUCUGAACUAGGUUAUGAAGUAACAGAAGAAGCCAAAGAUUUAAUGAAGAGACUUAUAUGUACGGCUGAAUUACGACUUGGCCAAAAAGGUGUUGAUGAUUUUAAGAACCACCCGUGGUUUGCUGGUCUAGACUGGGUGACAUUGAGGGACUCAGUGGCUCCUUACAUUCCUGAAGUCUCGUCACCCACGGAUACCAGCAACUUUGAUGUGGACGAUACUGUGAUCCGUACCUCAGAUACGCUACCACCCACAGCCAACGCUGCCUUCUCUGCACUGCAUCUGCCGUUUGUGGGCUUCACCUUCACACAGGGCAGUCGAGUCAGUGAUCUGAGUCAUUUCCCCAUUAGUCCCAGUUCCCCCACUGGUGUACAUACUACCAACAAGCGCAUGCGUCUACUUGAAGAAGAACAUCUUAUCAAAAAUACAGAUCCAAAAAGCAAUAAAACCAAUGAUGAGGAAAGAAGAAUAUCCCCCACCAGUGAAUCAGGCAACGGACUACGUAGGUUGCAAGAUGAAAUCAAUAGGCUGACCAAGAGAAAUUGUGAACUUGAAAACCAGCUGAGAGGGUUGGAACAGAUGGCUGAUAUCAAGGUAUCCCCUCUACCGCACAUGGACACCUUACAGAGGACUCGAGAACUUGAGAAGUGCCUCAGGCUACUCAAACAGGAGAAGGAAGAGGCUCAGAAGGAAAAACAAGAUGCGCUGGAGAAACUGAAACUUCAGGAUAAAGAAUUGAAAGAUGCUUUAAGUCAACGUAAAUUAGCAAUGUCGGAAUACACUGAAGUCACUGAUAAAUUGUCAGAGCUGAGACAACAGAAGCAGAAGGUGUCUCGGCUGGUGAGGGACAAAGAGGAAGAGCUGGAGGUGGCCAUGGCCAAGGUGGACGCCCUCAGACAAGACAUGCGGAGGGCGGAGAAGCUACGGAGGGAGCUGGAGGCGAGGGUGGAGGAGGCGAUAGCAGAGGCAGGCAAGGAGCGCAAGCUGAGAGAACGGAGUGAGGAAUACUGCAGACAAAUGGAGCAAGAGACUGAGAGGUGGAGGCAACAGAGGAGAGACUUGCCUCUCGGCAGUACAGACAGUCUGACCAUGUCCCCCAACACCCACUCACAGGAGAUAGCCAGGUUGAAUGCUGAAGUGGAGAGGUUAGAGGUGCAAUACAAGGAGUCUCUACAACAACAGCAGGCGAGGUACAGCAUAGAGAUUGCCAGUCUUAGGGAGCAGCUUGCGGAGGCAGAGGGACACCGGGAGAUGCUGGAGAGAGAGGUACAAAUGGCCAAAGAUAAGUUGGACUCUUCACGACUGGAGAAUCUAACAGACAGUGAAGAGACCAUUGCAGAGCUGUCUCGACGACAUGAUAGAGACAAACUAAUGCUGCUAGAGGAGAACAAGAAUCUCAUUCUGGAGGUGGAAAAGAUGAGUGAUGAACUGAGCAGGCUGCAGUCGGAGAGGAGGUUAAGAGAAGAUGAGUACGAGGAAUUGAGAACCAAACAAGAGGCCAUAGCUCAGUGGGAGGCACAGAUUACAGAGAUCAUACAAUGGGUGAGUGAUGAGAAGGAUGCGAGAGGCUAUCUACAAGCACUUGCCACCAAGAUGACUGAAGAGUUAGAGUUCCUAAAACAUGCUGGCAUAGCCAACGUCCCCACCUCGGACAAAAAUUGGAGGAAUCGUCGGUCGCAGAAGCUUGAGAAGAUGGAGUUGUUGAAUCUACAGAGCAGCCUUCAGUCAGAGAUACAAGCCAAGACAGCUAUCAGUGAGGAGCUUAGCAAGACCAGAUCUGAUCUGGUGGCCUCUCAGAAAGAGUUGCGAGACUUCAGGCAGCGUUACGACAGCAUCUCUCACGAACUGAAGCGCAAGGAGAUGCAGAUUAAGGAGUUACAAGGUCGUCUGGACUCAGGCGAAGGAUCCUUUGGGGAUGUAGUCAACGGUGUUGAAAUUCGUUUAGCUUCUCAACAUUUACGGAUUCUGGAGCGACCCUCGUCCCAGAUGUCGUACCUCGACCACUUCCUCAAAGAGACGUCGGCGCGACACGGUGGCUCGGUGGAGAGUGAGGAGGGAGACAUCGAGGAUAACCGAGCUCCCUCGAUAGCAAGUAGCAAGAGUAACCUGUCAGAGAUGAGCAUGGACCAUCACGGCCAUCAUCACCACCAUCAUCAUAGUCACAGUCAUCUGCCUCCCAAGCCCAAACAUCAUCAGUUCCUGGUAAGGACUUUCUCCUCUCCCACCAAGUGUAACCACUGCACGUCCCUCAUGGUGGGACUGACUAGACAAGGAGUGGUGUGUGAAGUGUGCGGCUUCGCCUGUCACAUGGCCUGCUGUGAUAAAGUGCCACCGGUCUGCCCCGUGCCUCCCGACCAAACUAAGAGGCCGCUUGGCAUUGACCCUACACGAGGCAUCGGCACAGCGUACGAGGGCUAUGUCAAGGUACCCAAGACUGGAGGAGUGAAGAAAGGCUGGGUGAGGCAGUUUGUGGUGGUCUGUGACUUCAAGCUGUUCUUGUACGAUAUCUCGCCUGACCGCAACGCAUUGCCUUCAGUGUACGUCAGUCAGGUGUUGGACAUGAGAGACGAGGAGUUUGCUGUGUCUAGUGUGCGUGACAGUGAUGUCAUACAUGCCACCAAGAAGGACAUCCCCUGUAUUUUCAGGAUAACAACGUCACUGAUGGACCCUCCAGGUCUCAAGAACCACACACUGAUGUUGGCUGACACUGAGAGUGAAAAGAGCAAGUGGGUGGUGGCACUGAGUGAGCUGCACAGGAUACUAAAGAGGAACAACCUUCCCAACACUACGGUGUUUAGAGCUAAGGAGUUGUUAGACAACACGUUGGCCUUUAUCAAGAACGCCAUGUCAGGGGCCAUUAUAGACCCAGACCGCCUUGUGUUGGGCACUGAGGAAGGAUUGUUCUGCUUGGAUUUGGAUCGCUCUGAGAUCGCUCGUGUUGGAGAGGGAAAGAAGAUCUUCCAGCUUGAAUAUGUUGUAGAAGAGCAAGUCUUGGUUUUAUUAUCAGGGAAACAACGUCACCUGAGGCUGAUACCAGUGAGAGCGUUGGAUGGUGAUGAGGUGGAGUGGAUCAAGGUGGCUGAGACUAAGGGAUGUAUCACAUUCACUACAGGAGUCAUGACUAGAACGCCUCAGCUGGCCUACUGUCUGUGUGUGGCCAUCAAGCGACAGAAUACAUCGCAGGUGAUUAUCUAUGAGAUAACGAGGACCAAGCUUCGCCACAAGAGAGUGAGAGAGGUGAUGUUGCCCACUCAAGCCCAGUCAUUACACAUCUUCAGUGAGGGCAGACUGUGUGUGGGCUACCAGUCGGGCUUUAGUGUGUACAGCAUCAUGGGAGAUCACCACCCUCUGUCCCUGAUACACCCGGACAACCAGCUGAUGGGGUUCCUGUCGUACAGUGCUGUGGACGCCAUGCGAGCUGUAGAGUUACCACGUGGAGAGUUCCUUCUAGUCUUCCAGUCUCUGGGUGUCUACGUCGACAGCCAGGGACGCAAGUCUCGCGACACUGAGCUCAUGUAUCCCGCCGUGCCUACUGCCGUCAGUUACUGUGACGGACAGCUGCUAGUCUACACCGAGACACACAUAGAUGUGUUCAACGCAGCCAGUGGAGAGUGGCUACAGACCAUCAACCUGAAGAGAGCGCGACCUCUCAACACCACAGGCUCCCUCAGUAUCUGCGUCAUCAACGACAUGCCUCACAUCGUCUACCUCAACAACAUACACCAGCGUGAGCUGAUCAAUGUGACGGUGUGUGACCCGACAGGCAAGGCAGUGCCACGACCCAGACGCAGGUUCUCUAUCAGAGAAGGUCAUCGGACUACACGGGCGCCAGACAGGAGGUCCAAGAUGAUCUCAGCCCCUACCAACUUCAACCAUAUCAGCCACAUGGGGCCUGGGGACGGCAUACAGAUACAGCGACUGCUGGACCUGCCCACAACACUGGAGACAGCUGAUCAGCAACCUCUCUCACAGCAGAGGAUAGUACAUGGUCCCAUGGUGAGCAGCAAGAUGGCACAUCAACCCCCCCGCCAUCCUCCCAUGCUGGAACCUCGUCAUUUACCCCGUCAGUCAUAUUCUGGACACAAUGGUUCAACGACGAGACGGGCCCCCGCACCUCCCCGCCCAUCUGUCACUCCUCCCGCUCUGCCCCGCACUCCCGACACUCUCAGUCACCACUCGGACAUGGAGGCAGGCCACCACAGCUUACAUGACAUCUCCAAGGACCAGGUGGUUGCGUCCAGUCCCAGACACUCAAUAGCUUCCAACAACAGCAGCAACCCCUCCACGCCCCCCUCCCCUGGCCACGACCACAACUCUUCUAGUUACGACAGUUAGACGUAAUAUAUCAGAUCUGUGACGAAUCUUUCGAGUACUUAUUAAUAUUAGUAAGUAAUCUUUUUUAAAUCUCCGUAUUGUAUUUAUAUGAAAAUACUAACUGAAUAUUUUAACUGAUGUUAUUAUAAAAUCUGUAUAUAGUUGUUUCUAGGUAGAUAAAUUAUAAAUAUACCUAGUCCGUAAGAGUUGUACACAGCUAGCGGAGUUUUAUUAUCGGACAAGACUCGAUAUUAUGAAUGUUUUUAGAUUGUACAUUUUUAUAUAUUUGUGUUUUUAGUAUUUAUUAUUUUAUAAAAAAAAGUGAUCUAAUUUAAAUUAUUAAGGAAGUACAACUUAGAAAUUAGAUUUUUGUAUAAAUCAGAUCGAACAUUUCUUUAUCUUCUGUCCCUUGUACAAAAGGUCCAAAUCUGGCCUAGUAUGCAUUUCUGGUGUGUUUUCUUUUGUUACCACUAACUUUAGUUGUGUAAGUCUUAUUUUGGUGCUACUUAUUAUGUUAUGUAGAUUACACAUAUUUAGGACAUCACGCCUCACUAUAAUUUUGUGGUGGUGCUUUUACAGCUGUUUGUUUCACAACCGGAUAGCUAUGCAUAAUUUUGUUGUAUAAUUUUGGCUGCAGUCUCUUGACUCCAAGUAAUCCAGUUUCUAGUUACCAAACCAACAUGCAACCAACCAUAAACAUUUCAAAAUAAUAUUAAUGAGUAAUAAUGAUUAUCCUAUCACUAUCAUUUUAUUUUUUAAAUAGCCUACUCUGUGUUUAAACUACUCAAAACUAGCCACAAUUUAUAACAGCCACGGUAUAUAUUUUUUGUUAUGGCCUAAAGUUACUCUCCUGUUUGAUCGUCCUAUUUAAGGUCUGCUUAUUGGUAAGUUUAUUGAUUAAGGCGAAGCCAAAGUUAGAAAAUGAGCGAUGGUCAAAAAGACAUUUUUUUCCUUUUUAGUGAACUAUAUAUAUUAAAUUUCAAGGAUUGAGAGAGGAGAAGUAAAAUUGUAAUGAUUCGAAAUUCAACUAAUCAGCUGUUCAGGCCAAUUUAAUUGUUGAUUGGUGCAAUUAGUGUUUGAUACAAUGUUUCGUUGCAUCACUGUCACUGGCAAUGAGAGGUUAUAAACGAAAACAUAACCUCUUUUAGAAGUUAUGAGUAGUGAUGUUUUGUAAUUAAAACAAUGUCGUAGGUAAAGUAGUGUACGCAACUCGCGUAAAUAGUGUUAACGACACUUGUAGAAGUUUUUAAGGCACUCGCCAAGGCUCGUACCUUAAAUUUUCUACUUGUGUCGUUAACACUAUCUUUACGCAAUCAUUGAGUAAACUACUAUUACAUGUGGCCAAAAUAUUAUUCAAACUAAACCAACGAUAUUGGAACAUAGGUUUUUUUUAGAAUUAUUCUCAUCACUUACUAAAUCUUCAUGUAGUGGUGAUCUCAGUCUUUGUUUGUUGGUUAUAACUUGACUUAGUAAUGAGAGAACAGCUGUGAAGCGCUGCCACACGCUUUACCAUCGCUUUACAAUUCGCUUCAUCUUGAGGUUUUGAGACUAUCAGUAUUGUAUUAUAGACUCUCCACAGCAUAUGUGUAUAUCUUGUAUAGUCUACGUAUUGUAUACUUCCAAGUGCUUGACAAUAGUUGAGGAUUCUGCCAUAAGACUGUUAUUUUGCUUGGUUAUUAUCAUGCUUGGUGUAUAUCUGUAUCGUAAUCCUUACGUUCGGUCGUUGCCAUGUGAAUCAGCUCGCAUUUGUUAUCGAGUGCUCAAGUGAUAAUUUUGUUUAGUCGAAAUUCGCCAUGUAUAAUACGUGUGUUGGGAAUUUAUAGAGUUUUACUGUAGAUCGCAAGUUUUUUUUACUACGGUUUUCGUUUUUUAGAUGGAUAUAAAGUAUAAAUAGGUAUACUCGUUGAAGUAUCGUAAUGUGAGUAUUUUAAUGCUCGGAGAUUGUAGUUAAACUGUUAUUCUUCGCGUCGACUCUAAACACGUUUAUGUAUCUGAACUAAAAUCGUCUAUUAGUUGUCAAAAUUAAUUGUUGAUUGGCAACCUAGCCAAACUGCCUUAACCAUACCUGGCCUAAAGGUUCUACGCUCAGCAAUAAUCGCUUUUUUGUUUGUUUGCAACAAUAUAAAUUUAUCCGUGCGUUUGUAUACAGGACUUUUCAAACACAAAUAAUUAACAUAUCAACGUUACUCCAAUGGCUUACUUUGUCAUAGUCUUGUAUAUCUAAUGUUUAAGGUAAUUUUGUAUCUAAUUGUUCAGAUUACAUUGUUAAUAGUCGAUCCGACUGAUAUCUCUAGGUAUCACCCACUUAUUUAUACAGACUGCACCUAUUAUGUUUAACCUGACGCUUCAUCGUGUAUGUAUAGCACUGAAACUAUUAUUUGCAAUAUGUAUUUAUCAGAAGUGAUGUAUUAUUUCUAAGUAUUAUCUGACUCAAAUCACCUCGGUCUCAGUGAUUUCAAUUGUUUGCAUUUCCAAAGAUGUAUCUAAGAUUAUAAGGUUAUUGUAUCAGACAGUCAAUUCAUUGUAUUGAGGCAAUAACUUAGUAAUACCGGUAAAUGUACAUAAUAGAGAUUGUUGAAUUUUAAUCCCGAUCAUAUUUGUCUUUUUAAUUUCGUACAUUAUCAUUAUUUAUUUUAAGUAUUUAUUUAUUUGAUAUAAAUUAUAAUGUUUUUGUGUGAUAAUUUUUUCUUAAGAUCAAUGUGUGUUUUUUAAAGAUGUUUUUUCGUUGUGUGGUGUUACCUUGAUUUCUGCCAUCAUUUGAUCGGAACGAUUGACAAUAUAUGUACAGUUUACAUCUUAAUGAAAUUUUUCAAUCUGUGACAUGUAUUUUGAUUUCUAUUUAUUGAUAUUCGUUUAGGAAACCAUAGUAAAAAUUUACCAUG